UAUCGAAGAUUAUAGUAAUUAAGUCGAUAAUUUUGGAUAGCAUCAAAAACUGUGCUUCUAUCAAUUAGUAUAUAAACAGUUACCAGUAUGAGGGCGUAAUCAGAUUGAUUGUGUUGCCACUGCUAAUACGGGCUUCUAAAACAAAAUGAGGAUGAUCCGGUCCAUCCUCUUUCUGUCGGCCGUGACAUUGGCUCUGGCCUUCAAAAACCCCCACUAUGCAACGGGGCGGACGACUAUGGUCCAUCUGUUCGAGUGGAAGUGGGAUGACAUCGCAGCUGAAUGCGAGAGAUUCCUCGGGCCAAGAGGAUUCGGUGGUAUUCAGAUUUCGCCACCGAAUGAGAACUUGGUGAUCUGGUCUCGCAACCGGCCGUGGUGGGAGCGCUACCAGCCGAUGUCCUACCGCCUGGUGACGAGGUCCGGCAACGAACAGCAGUUCGCUAACAUGGUGCGUCGCUGCAACAAUGUUGGAGUCAGGAUUUACGUAGAUGCCAUCAUUAACCACAUGACCGGCACGUGGAACGAGAACGUCGGCACAGGAGGAAGCACUGCCAACUUUGGCAACUGGCACUACCCGGCCGUGCCUUACGGCAGGAACGACUUCAACUGGCCCCACUGCGUCAUCCAAGGCCACGACUACGCCUGCUGUGCUGAUAGGGUACGUAACUGCGAACUAUCCGGGCUCAAGGAUUUGAACCAGCGUUCGGAACACGUACGAACAAUGAUCGUCAACUACAUGAACCGACUCAUCGAUAUGGGUGUUGCUGGAUUCAGAAUCGACGCCGCUAAACACAUGUGGCCCAGCGACCUUCGCGUCAUCUACGACCGUCUACGUAACCUGAACACCGCUCACGGCUUCCCAUCUGGCGCUCGUCCCUACAUCUACCAAGAAGUUAUCGACCUCGGAGGCGAAGCCAUCAGCCGCAACGAAUACACUCCUCUCGCAGCAGUCACUGAAUUCCGUUUCGGUAUGGAAUUGAGCCGCGCCUUCACAAGAGGAAACCAACUCAGAUGGUUGGUCAAUUGGGGACCUCAAUGGGGUCUCCUUGGUUCCGGCGAUGCCUUGACCUUCAUCGAUAACCACGACAACCAGAGAGGUCACGGUGCUGGUGGAAACAUUCUGACGCACAAACGACCCAAGGAGUACAAGGGAGCCAUCGCGUUCAUGUUGGCCCAUCCUUACGGAAAGCCGCAGUUGAUGAGUAGCUUCUCCUUCCAUGAUACCGAAGCCGGACCUCCGAUGGACGGCAGUGGCAACAUCAUCUCACCUUCGAUUAAUUCUGACAACACCUGCGGCAACGGGUGGGUAUGCGAGCACAGAUGGCGCCAGAUCUUCCAGAUGGUCGCGUUCAGGAACACGGUGGGCAACACCGCUGUUACCAACUGGUGGGACAAUGGCGGCAACCAGAUCGCCUUCUGUCGCGGCACGAUGGGCUUCGUCGCUUUCAAUAACGAGAACUGGGAUUUGAACCAGCGUCUGCAGACCUGCUUGCCCGCUGGCACGUAUUGUGACGUCAUAUCCGGCGAGAAGAGCGGUAACCGGUGCACGGGCAAGUCAGUCGUCGUGGGCAACGACGGACGCGCUCAGAUUGUCAUCGGAUCCCACGAGUAUGACAUGGUCCUGGCCAUCCACAUGGGUCAUCAAUCAAGACUGUGAAGAAGCUCGGAAGAAGAAAAUCCAUGAAGACUUAAAAUCAUUGUGAUAUUGUACUAUUUUGUUAUAGUGUUGAUGUUACAUCUAUUUUUAAAUAUAAGAUGACAGUAAA